AAUACCUACUAUAAAAGGCUCCUUUUUAUGUUUUUAACCUUUUCUUAACUUAAAAUUAUUAAAUAAACACUACUCUAUUAAGUUUCUUUGAAAAUAACCUACCUACUGGCUAAUUUGCCCGUUAAAGAAAAACCCGCCUAAACUACCUAAAAUUUGGGGGCCAAAGAAAAAAAGAAAAAAAAAAAGUCCAAACCGCCGGUGCCUGCCAUGCAACUCAUUACAUAAAUUGACAGAAGAUUGGUGUGUCCAAUCUGGACAAUCAGUAGCUGCCCCUAAAGCAUUCACUUACAAUCUCAUCCAAUUAUCUUGCAGAUCGCAAAAGGAGGUAUUUCUUCAGAACUCAAAUCUCUUCAUUUUAACAAUUUCCAAUGAAGAUGAGAUCAGUUGGUGACAUGGGGAACCAUGUCUUUAGCCAGAAUCUGAAGAUUACCCAGUUGGGAAAAUCGGGUCGAAUUGAUGAAGCCAUUAAGGUUUUCUCACAAAUGACCCAAAAGAAUACCGUUACAUUCAAUUCCAUGAUCUCUGCCUAUGCCAAGAAUGGUAGAAUCGUGGAUGCACGCCAGCUGUUUGAUAAAAUGCCCCGAAGAAAUUUGGUUUCCUGGAAUACUAUGAUUUCUGGAUACCUACACAAUGAUAAGGUGGAGGAAGCCUAUGACAUAUUUGGCAAAAUGCCUAAACGAGACCUUUUCUCAUGGACUUUGAUGAUUACUUGCUAUACACGUAAUGGUGAGCUUCAGAAGGCUAGAGAACUUUUCAAUCUCCUUCCUCAUAAGCUAGACGUGGUUUGUUGGAACGCCAUGAUCGCAGGUUAUGCUAAGAAUGGGAUGUUUGAUGAGGCAAAGAGAUUAUUUGAUGAAAUGCCGGUCAAGGAUUUGGUUUCUUGGAACUCGAUGCUAGCUGGGUAUACUCAGAAUGGACAAAUGCAUCUGGGGUUGCAGUUCUUUGAGGGGAUGGUGGAGAGGAAUGUGAUUUCGUGGAAUUUGAUGGUUGACGGGUUUGUUCAUGUUGGCGAUUUGGAUUCUGCUUGGAAGUUUUUUAAGAAGAUUCCAGAGCCGAAUGUGGUUUCAUGGGUUACAAUGUUAUCCGGGUUUGCCCGAAAUGGUAGGAUUACAGAAGCGCAGAAUCUGUUUGAACAAAUGCCGAAUAGAAAUGUAGUUUCUUGGAAUGCAAUGAUUGCGGCAUAUGUUCAAGAUUGCCAAAUUGAUAAGGCUGUUAGACUAUUCUCAGAAAUGCCAGAGAGGGAUUCGGUGUCAUGGACAACGAUGAUAAAUGGGUAUGUUUGUGUUGGCAAACUUGAUGAAGCGAGGCAAUUACUUCAUCAAAUGCCUUACAAAAAUAUUGCAGCCCAAACAGCAAUGAUUUCCGGAUACGUGCAAAAUAAAAGAAUGGAUGAAGCUAAUCAAAUAUUUAAUCAAAUUGGUACCCGUGAUGUUGUUUGUUGGAACACCAUGAUUGCAGGCUAUGCUCAGUGUGGUAAAAUGGCCGAAGCUCAGCAUCUGUUCAAUCAAAUGACAAAUAAGGACUUGGUUUCGUGGAAUACAAUGGUUGCAGGUUAUGCUCAAGCAGGGCAGAUGGAUAAAGCACUUAAGAUAUUUGAGGAAAUGGGAAAGAGGAAUGCAGUCUCUUGGAAUUCUUUGAUCGCUGGUUUCUCGCAAAAUGAGUUAUAUCUGGAUGCCUUGAGGAGUUUUAUGAUGAUGGGCCAAGAAGGAAAAAGACCUGAUGAGUCAACUUUUGCAUGUGGACUUAGUGCAUGUGCAAAUAUUGCAGCUUUGCAGAUGGGCGAGCAACUUCACCAUUUGGCUGUGAAAAGUGGUUACAUAAAUGAUUUAUUUGUCAGCAAUGCCCUCAUCACAAUGUAUGCGAAAUGCGGAAGGGUCUCCAAUGCUGAACUAGUAUUCAAAGACCUUGCAAAUGUUGAUGUUGUUUCUUGGAAUUCUUUAAUUGCUGGGCAUGCUUUGAAUGGUAAUGGGAAAGAGGCAGUUGAGCUUUUUGAAGAAAUGCUAACACAAGGGGUAGACCCAGAUCAGGUCACAUUUAUUGGUGUGUUGUCGGCAUGUAGUCACGGUGGGCUGGUUUCUCGAGGCUUGGAAUUGUUUAAGAGCAUGACCGAAAGAUACAACGUUGAACCUUUGGCUGAACACUAUGCUUGCAUGGUUGACCUACUUGGUCGGGCAGGGAGGUUAGAAGAAGGCUUCAAAAUGGUGUCCGAAAUGAGAAUCAAGGCAACUGCUGGAAUAUGGGGUGCGUUGCUUGGAGCAGCCAGGAUACACCGAAAUUUUGAACUUGGCAAGUAUGCUGCCGAGAAGCUUUUAGAACUCGAACCUCAUAAAGCUUCAAAUUAUGUGCUCUUGUCAAAUAUUCAUGCCGAUGCAGGCAGAUGGAGUGAAGCUCAAAGAGUAAGAAUGGUGAUGGCAGAAAGAAGAACAGAGAAGCAACCGGGCUAUAGUUGGAUUGAAGUUGGAGAUCAGGUACACUCUUAUCUCCCUGGGGAUCCAGCACAGCCUAGAAUAGCUGAAAUUUGUGGUAUAUUAAAAACUUUAUCUGCAGAAAUGAGGAAUACAAGUUGUGUGACUGAUGUCAAGUCCUCUUUUGACAUCUGUCAGUAAAAUACAU